AUGAUCACUAAGAGCACUAUGAGUCUUAUGAUCACUAUGAGCACUAUGAGUCCUCACUAUGAGUCCUAUGAGCACUAUGAGUUUUAUGAGUCAUAUGGGCACUAUGAGGUCUUUGAGCACUAUGAGUCCUGUGAGUCCUGUGAGCACUAUGAGCACAAUGAGUCCUGUGCGUCCUAUGAGCACUGUGAGCACUAUGAGCACUAUGAGUCCUGUGCGUCCUAUGAGCACGGUGAGCACUGUGAGUCCUAUGAGCACUAUGAGUCCUAUGAGCUCUAUGAGUCCUAUGAGUCAUAUGAGCACUAUAAGCACUACGAGCCCUAUGAGCACUAUGAGCCCUAUGAGCAUUAUGAGUCCUGUGAGUCCUGUGAGUCCUGUGCGUCCUAUGAGCACUAUGAGCUCUAUGAGUCCAAUGAUCACUAUGAGUCCUGUGAGUCCUGUGCAUCCUAUGAGCACUAUGAGCUCUAUGAGUCCAAUGAUCACUAUGAGUCCUGUGAGUCCUGUGCGUCCUAUGAGCACUAUGAGCUCUAUGAGUCCAAUGAUCACUAUGAGUCCUGUGAGUCCUGUGCAUCCUAUGAGCACUAUGAGCACUAUGAGCACUAUGAGCACUAUGAGCACUAUGAGCACUAUGAGUCCUGUGAGUCCUGUGCGUCCUAUGAGCACUAUGAGCUCUAUGAGUCCAAUGAUCACUAUGAGUCCUGUGAGUCCUGUGCAUCCUAUGAGCACUAUGAGCUCUAUGAGUCCAAUGAUCACUAUGAGUCCUGUGAGUCCUGUGCGUCCUAUGAGCACUAUGAGCUCUAUGAGUCCAAUGAUCACUAUGAGUCCUGUGAGUCCUGUGCGUCCUAUUAG